AUGAACAUGAAGAAGCAACUGUGGUCCCUGGCCCGUCUGUUCCUGCCUGGUGUGGGAUUUUUUUUGACCUGCAUCGGGGCAUAUCUGGCGUCCCUGCAGACGGAGUACGGGUACAAUUGCAGGGUCAUCCAUGCCUACAUCAUGAUUUUGUUUGGCUUCCUGGCUGUGCUCAUCGGAGUCUUCUGGAACAUCUGCCACAGCAUGAAGAGCAAGAUGUACCAAAGAGGAGGACAUGAACCGCACAUCCAGGUCUACACUAUUGAAAGACCAAACUCCUCCCCUCCAUCGUACGAGGAGUCCCAGGGCAGCCAGCAGUGUCCUGAUACAGCCCCUGAGUUUGUGGUGGUGGUAGACGAGGUGGAUGUGGUGAUGAGUCUUGCUCCUCCUCUAUACAGCCAGGACAGCUCGGAGGCUCCAGACUGCACAUGGAGCUGGGAGCAGCCUCCUCGGUACAGCCAGGUAGAGCGUAUUCAGCUGGAGGAGGUGGAUGCAGACGAGUGGAGGGAGGCUUUGCCCGGACACUGAAGGAAGAAGGACUUAUCCCCUGACUGGCUAACAGAAAAAGGAGGAAUGAAGAUUUUAGAUUGACAUCAUUUCCUGAUCGAGCUAAGAGGGAAAGCUCCAGAAAAAUGAGAGAUGCCUUGAAAUGUGGUUGGAUUUCUCAGCUACCAAAUGAUGGACGUGUUGACUUCACCUUUGCGCCAUCAAUCUACACCCGGUGCUCAACUUCUGGAUUCUAAUGUGUGUGCUGACCCUAUGUUACCAGGCCA